AAAUUAUGAACAUACGCCUAUUAAAAUCUCGCAUGACACACACGAGAUUAACUGAAUAAUGUUUCAACGUUUUGAUGUGUUGUAAUGAACGCAUGCGGUUAACCUUGAACAUAGUGUUAACUUUUACGCAUUUUUCUGUUAAAAUCAUAGAUUUAGUGAAAACGAAAAAAGUUUUAAAUACUGCGACGUUAAUCAAAUUCAUAUUACAUCCCACCUGCGUACUUCCUGGCUUGGUAGUUUUCGUUUCGCGUUAGACGCAGUUGAAAUCGCUUACGAUCUUGAAUCUCCUAUUUAAAGAAAUUCUAAUGCAGCCUUCAUAUAGAAUUUCGUAACGCACGAUUUGAUACAUUGUUAUGAGUGUUGGAUUAUCAACGUACGAUGGAUUGGAGAAAGAGGCUACUACUGAUAGCAACACCUUGGAGGGAAGCACUGGCGCCACUAAGAAGCUUGCAAGGGGUAUCUCGAGGGCUACUGAGAAUGCAGCUAUUGUAUCUCAUGCCCGUUCUCAAUUGGUUCCAAUUGGACCUAUAGAUACUCCCGAGUUUACCUUUUCUUUACCGGACCUCUCUAUUUACCCAGAUUCAUUUCGUCACUUUUUGGAGAAAGAUUUGAUAGAGGGUGGCUGUUUGGCAUCUUUAGAAGCGGCUGGAAGGUUGAAUUGGUGGUGUGGUGGUCGGAAUGGGAGUCUCAGAGUUUUGUGGCCGUUGGCCACUUCAGGGGAUGGAAAUUGUCUUCUUCAUGCAGCUUCUUUAGGCAUGUGGGGCUUUCACGAUCGGUUGCUUACGUUGCGGGAAGCUUUACACACAACUUUAUCCAAAGGAGAAUAUAGGCAUGCCUUGUUCAGGAGAUGGAAAUGGAGACAAAUGGGACUUAACGCCGCAGCCGGUUUAGCUUAUACGGAGGCUGAGUGGUCUUCGGAAUGGCAGACUAUCGUCGAAAUGGCAUCAGCAAAUCCUCGAAAUCAAACUGUCAAUUCUUACCAGAGUCUUGAAGAGGUACACGUUCUGGCUUUGGCUCACGUUUUGCGUCGGCCUAUUAUUGUAAUAGCGGAAACUAUGCUGCGAGAUUCGGAUGGAGUGGCUUUGGCUCCUAUACCGUUUGGAGGCGUUUAUCUACCUUUGGAAGUACCACCAGCUCGGUGUCAUCGCACUCCUCUUCUCUUGGCUUAUCAUUCAGCCCAUUUUUCACCCUUGGUUACCGUAGACGGAAGUGCUGAUCUUGCAGAUGGGAAUGGUGAAGGUGUCAGCAUCCCUGUAGUUGAUCCAGACACUGGACAAUUGCUACCAGUUUUAUUCGCCGUCGAUCCUGGUCCAGAUUGGGAUUGGAGCGUUACUUCCCAGGAUUUGCUUCCAUGCCAACAGGAUACAAUGGAAAUUCUUGUACGCGAAUAUCUCGAUUGCGAGUAUCAGGUUCUCACUGAGGAAAUUGACAGACUUUCCGAUACGGAUGGUGCUUCAUCUAACAAGAGCAAAGCAGCUAAACAACUACUGGGCGUAGCGAAGCAAUUCGGAUCUAUUGGGAAAUCUGUUAGUAGGAGAUUAUGGUCCAUUACUAAAAGGCCAAAGAGUCCACCCUCAUCAUCCUCCGGUGUGUCAGCAGAAGGCUUGCUGUGCGUGCGAAUCAGAAGCAGGCGUCAUCAGUAUGUCGAUCAAAUGUUGCAGAAUUAUCUUCAAUGUGCUCACGCUAGGUAUUUGCAGGAUCAACAAGCUGAUCAGACGGGUAGUGAGAUGAACUAUGGGGCUGGAAAAUCAAAGUUUUACGCCGCCAGUGAUAGUGGAACUUAUGCAAGUGUGAGCAAGCUGUUGCCCACCAAUCCGAACAAGGAUCGUACUCUCUACCUCUCUAGAUCCACUUUCUAUAACGAUCAACCACCGUCCGAUGGAUCGCCGGCAGAACUCUGGAAGAAUAGCGGCAGUAUCGGGAACUUUGCGAUGGCGAAAUGUCUCUACCUACAGGAAAUCGUGAAGGAGUGUCGCAGCGAAAACUGUCAGUUCUUUGGCGCACCGGAGAAUCAAUACUACUGCUCGCAAUGCUGGACGAACAGACGAUACCGCUGAGCCGCAUCGAAUCUUCCAUGACAAUAAUCUUCUACACGUUAACAAUAAUUCAUAAGAUAAUCGAUACAAUGCAUACAAAUUGUCCUAGCAAAAUAAGCAGGAGCUCCUGAAACUAUUGACCGCUCGCUGCAUAUCUUUUUUUUCAACUUUUACAAUCAGUACCUCCUUCGGACUCUCUUCUCUUCGAUUUAUCUUUUGCAUUACAUAUCUUUAUUUAUUAACGUCUUUAAUUCUCUCGGUAGCAUAUCAAGCAUACAGAGUUCGUAAAAAAUGCUCCAUUGAUGCACCUAUCAUUAUUAACCACUCUGCUGUGUUACGUCACGAAAUUAAAUUUCGUACGAGAGAUUAUAGAUUAUAUUUUCGGAUGAAUUCUUUUUUUUUUAUAGAAUGAAAAAGUUGCGGGUAUACUGAUUCAUGAACGUACCUCAUAUCUAAAUACAUAUAUUAAUACAUAUAUAUAUAUAUGUAUGUAUAUAUGUAAGUCUUACCGAGUACGUUGAUAUGUGCCUUGUGCCGCGCGAGUGAUAAAAGAAAGUGUUCAAAUUAUCGAAUUACGAUAAAGGACUCGAUCGUUAUUUCUCAUUUUCAUUUACUGUAACAUUAAUGAAUUUUAAUUUAAACGAUGUCGAGCUCUUCACACACAAGUUAACGUAACGACGUAGGCCGUAUGCGUAAGGAAACCAACCAAUCAGAAUCAAGUACUUCCCCCUCCAAGGGGACAAUAUUAAAUUCCGAUUGGUUGGUUUCCUUACGCGUACCUCUUAAGUCGUUACGUUAUUUUCUGUGUGAAGGGCUUUACCGCGAAACAUUAAUGCUCUGUCUUUUUUUGUGUUACUGCUGCUCGUUUCUCUCAUAUACGCGAAGUCCAUCGCGACUACCCACCGAAUUUUUUAGUUUUUCUUUUUUUGAUUUUUCCUUUGGCCCACGAAAAAGUGGGCGAGAAGUCAAGAAGCUAUCUCAACUUUCCCUUAUAUUAUGGCUCUUCGAAGCAACGAUCUUUUUACGAGUGCAGUUCGUUCUUAUAUCCAUAUUGAUAUGCAUAAAAAAUAAACUUGUUCUCCGACUAAUCGACGCUCUCGUUGAGAUCGAUUGCUUUUCAUGUAAAACUUACUGUGUGCAAGAAUAAAAGAAUAUUUUUAUAUAGUAUCCUGAGA